AUGGCUGAAGAUGGUUUGCCAAAUAUUUACUCUCAUCCUCCAAAAGAAAACAGUAAAACAACUGAAGCAACCAUUUUCUUUGGGGCUGACAACACUAUUUCUAGAACAGAAACAUCUAUUACUUCAGAAGGAGACCACAUUACUUCAGUAAAUGACUAUAGGCCAGAAAGUGAUUUCUCAACAACUACAGGUAACAAACUUCCAUCUCCAAAGGAAAGAAUAAAAUCAGAAGAUGAUGUUGAACCCCAUGUGAUCAAGCCAACAAUCCAUCUGGAGAAAGAAAUUACCACUCUGACAGGCACUGCAAACUCUAUGGCUAAUGACUCCAUUAUUGGAAAUCUCAUUCCUGUGAAAAUCGGUAAUAACUCACCACCAGUUGCUACUGUUUCUUUAAUAGAUUUUUCUACUAAUACAGCAGAAAAAGAUAUUCCCUUAGACAACGUUGAUCCAAGAGAUAAAAAUGUGUUAAUAACUUCUGAAGUCUCGAGCACACUAAGUGAAAGUGUCAUCAGCUUUACUAACAGCCCUGUGCUUCCAGCUAAGAAGAAUGGACCUGAUACUGAUAACAGCAGUUCUUCAGUUAAAUCCAAUAUCGCUGAUAAUGAGGCUAUCCAGAUCACUGAUUCCUCUACUCCUGAGGCUAAAAAAUCUCCCACCACUACUGAAAAUAACCUCACUAUUCCAGACAUAACCAUCCUUACAGAACAGAAAAUAACUGAAAUUGAUCUAAGUCUUCCAGAGGACACCAGUACUGCUCCUCAACUAAUGGAAUCUGAUGAAGAAAAGCUCAUCACUGUGUUUGAACUCACUACCACUGCAGAAAGAGACAAAGACAACUCAGAAGAUACUCUGCUAACCAAUGCAGACUCUGUGGAUGGAGUCAAUGUCUGGAUGGAGAAAGGGAGUGCAAAUGAAGCUGAGAGCCAUCCCAUUUUGCUUACUGCUGUUGAAUCCAGAUACGAUUUUGUUGUUCCCGCAUCAGCAGCUACAAAUGUCAUGGAAGAUUUUUCUGAAAAUAAUAGAACAGAAUCUGAGGCAUUUUCAGGAACUACUCCUGUUUUGGAUUCCCCAAACAACAAGGAAGAGACUUUUACAAACGAAAUGGGUGUCUUUAAGCUACUCAAAGAAGAUCCAGAUGAGUUCCUGAUUUGA